UCAACCAAGAACCAUGCCACAUCAUCUCCUCUACACCUUGUUUCUCUUUUGUAUUUUCUCCACAAAUCAUGCCUGCAACCACAUAGACCGCGACUCUCUCUUGUCUUUAGCCUUUAACAAUACAUCUUCUCCUCCACUAAAUUGGUCUUCCAUUGAUUGUUGCCACUGGGAAGGCAUUUCUUGUGAUCAUAAACAUCAAGUCACCCAGAUUUGGUUACCUUCUAAAGGCCUCAGUGGGAGUAUAUCUCCCUCCCUUGGAAACCUCACACAUCUCUCCCACCUCAAUCUCUCCCACAACUCACUUUCGGGUCCUCUCCCCAAAGGAUUGUUUGUGUCCCUGAAUGAACUCAAAGUCCUUGAUUUGAGCUACAACCAUCUAUCUGGAGAUCUAUCUGGCUGGCCUUCCUCUCUUCAAAUUGUUGAUAUAUCCAGCAAUGAUUUCUGCGGGAUAAUCCAAUCUUCAUUCCUUCAACGAGCAUGGAGGUUGACCGAGCUCAAUGUCAGCAACAAUUAUUUUGUAGGCCCUAUUCCAUCCUUUCCUUGCAUCAAUUCUUCUUUGGUUAGGUUCCUAGAUUUCUCCCAUAAUUAUCAUAGUGGCCAAAUUCCUAGUGGACUGGGGGCAUGUUCCAAACUAAAGGUUUUUCGAGCAGGUUUUAAUUCUCUUGUAGGACAGCUUCCUCAUGAUAUAUACAAUGUGACAGGGUUAGAAGAAAUCUCCUUACCUUUCAAUAAUCUUUCAGGACCCAUUUGUAGUGACAUUGUGAACCUUACCAAACUCAAUAACCUUGAGUUAUAUGGCAAUACAUUGAGUGGCAAGAUCCCUGAGAAUAUUGGAAAGCUCUCCAAAUUAAAGCACCUAAUCCUUCAUACAAACUCCUUAACAGGUUCUCUACCCCAAUCUUUGAUGAAUUGCACAAAUCUCAUACAAUUGAUUUUACGGUUGAAUUUUCUUGAAGGAGACAUCUCUACCUUUAAUUUCUCCUGUCUUCAUCAACUUACCAUAGUUGAUUUGGGGAUUAAUUACUUUUCCGGUAAUUUUCCGGUUAGCCUUUUCUCGUGCAAGUCUUUAAUAGCAAUUCGACUCAGCAAAAACCAACUAGAGGGACAAAUCCCUCCUGAGGUGGUUCAAUUGAAAUUCUUAUCCUUCCUUGCACUUGUUGACAUUAGGCUAAUUAAUAUCACAGAUGCAAUCAAGAUUUUGAUGCGUUGCAAGCCACUCACCAUAGUCCUCAUUGGACAAAAUUUUCAACACGAGGCACUGCCAGGUGAUGACAAUGUUUUGGGUUCUGAUGGAUUUGAAAAUGUCCGAGCUUUGGGUCUUUCUGGAAGCCAGCUUACUGGUCAAUUGCCUUCAUGGCUAUCUAAGCUUAAGAAGCUAGAAUAUCUAGGUCUAGCUUCGAAUCGUAUCACAGGUUCAAUUCCUAGUUGGUUGUCAACUCUUCCAAGGCUCUUCCAUUUAAACUUAUCUGAUAACCUCAUUUCAGGUGAAUUCCCAAAGGAACUUUGUUCAUUGCCAGCAUUAGUGUCACCAAAGGCUCUAGUAGCCAGCAGUCAUUUGGAUUUACCAAUAUUUCUUUCCACAAGAGGUAAUUCCCAAUACAAUUUUCUCUCGAACUUGUACCCUUCAAUAUUUGUUGGAAGCAAUAGUCUUAGUGGCAACAUCCCCGUUGAGAUCGGCCAUUUGAAGUUGCUCCAUGCUUUGGAUCUCAGUCAGAACAACUUCUCAGGAAACAUUCCUGAACAACUGUCUGAGCUCACAAACUUGGAAGAAUUAAAACUCUUUGAAAAUCGGUUGUCCGGCGAAAUACCAGCAUCACUAAGUAGUCUACAUUUCUUGCAUCACUUUAGUGUUGCAAACAACAAUUUGCAUGGACCAAUACCAUCAGGCACUCAGCUCCAGAGCUUUGAUGCCUCUGCAUAUGAGGGUAACCCUGGACUUUGUGGCCCCCCACUUCCACAUGAGUGUGCCCAUAUUGUUAACAACAACAAAGACAUUCAAGAUGAGGACAAUGGGCAUAGAAUCCCAUGGUUUCCUAUUACUGUGGUUCUUGGCUUCAUUACAGGUUUUUGGGGGGUUUGUGGUCCAUUGGUUAUUAGUUAUAAGUGGAGAGUUGCAUAUUUUCGAUUCAUGGACCACCUAAAAGAUAGGUGUAUAAUCUUAUUCUUUAAAAUUGCAUAUUGGUCGUUCUAGAGUCUAUCAUCAAUUUGGUUUCUCAAGUUUAGAUUUGAAUAAUUUAAUGUAUUGUUAGUUUUCAUAUUUUCAAUUUGCGUUCAAUGUGAUGCGGGA